CCCGUCUUAACCCUAUACUUCCCACCCGGACGAAUUCGUCCGGUAAUUUAUAACAGGACUCUAUGGGCAAUACACUGCAUAUAUGAUCUUGUUUCCCAAGCCGACGAAUUCGUCUGGUAUUUGUGCAUCCCGCCACACGUGACUCCGCCCACUUUCUAUUGUUUACAGCUCAGUAUGCGCCUGACAAUUGAGGGAGGUGGACGUGCCUGAUUUUGCUGCAGGCGCUCUCAUUUAUGACCACAUGGAUGAAAUAUCAAAUAUCCCGUCGACUACAUUUUAUGGCAGACAGAUUGACAGGCUACGUGCAAGAGAUCAAGAAUAUGCGCAAGAAAUCAACCUAGAAAAUGAAGAAAGUGAUGUGGAACCUGAAGAAGAGGAGGUAGAUGACCCUGUCAUGCCCACAAAUCUACUCACUGAUACAGCACAAACUGAAGAUAUUCAUGCUGAAAGGGCUACCUUUGAUGCAGAAGCAUACCUGCCACUCUCAGAAGAUGAUACUGUUGUUUUGGAGGUUGCAGAAGCUACAGUGGAGAAUGAAGAGGCCCCACAAGUCACAGCCAGAAGAGCUCGAGCUAAUGCCAGAACAUCUACAUCAUGGGUGCCUUCUGAUCACAAUGAUGUUACAAAUAAUUACAGUUAUCUUGGCCCAGAUCAUGAGUAUGCUGAUGAUUUACGUCAACCCAUUGAAUAUGUAAGGCAAUUCCUCACAGAUGACCUCCUUGAUUUAUUUGUAACACAAUCAAACCUUUACUCAGUACAAAAAAACCCAAACAAGCCUCUCAAUGUGGAUCGUAAUGAGCUUGAACAAUGGAUUGGUUUGUGUAUCUACUUUUCCAUUAGCAAACUUCCUAAUGUUAGGAUGCAUUGGUCCCACCAUUUAGGUGAUAUGAGAGAUGUCACUUCAACAGUUAUGAGUCGUAACCGUUGGGAGCUUAUCAAGACUAACUUUCAUAUGGUGGACAACAGUACUGAGACCCAGAAUUCCAGAGAGAAUAAGGAUAGGCUUUUCAAGGUGCGGCCUAUGGUAGAUCACCUCAGGGAAAAAUUCCAUCAAAUACCAAUGGAGCAAGAGCUUUGCAUUGAUGAACAGAUGGUUCCUUUUAAAGGAAGAAGUUACCUGAAACAAUAUGUUCCUAGCAAGCCACACAAAUAUGGUUACAAAUUCUUUGUUUUGGCUGGCAAGGAUGGCAUGACACAUGAUUUUAUCCCAUAUACUGGAAAAAUCAAUCCUGUGAAUGAUCCUACAGUACCUGACCUAGGUCCAAGUUCAAAUGUAGUUCUGCAUUUAUGUCAAAUCAUACCAUCUGACUGUAAUCAUUACUUGUUUUUUGAUAACUGGUUCACAUCUCUACCUUUGCUCAGGCACUUAGCAACAAGAAAAAUUUGGUGUUGUGGUACAGUGCGUCAAGCACGCCUACCAGGCAUAAAGAAGGGAAAACAUGAUGAAAAGGAUCUUAUGAAAAAAGGGAGAGUGCUUAUGAAGAACUAAAGUGUGAUAAU